AUGAAAGUAAAACCUCAGAUUGUGUUCCUACUGGCCGUGGUAUCACUUGCUGGUGCAUACUCGCGUCCACGGCGUCAGGCCUGUGUCCCCCCACCACAAGGUCCUGUCCCGCUCCCCCCUGGUGUCCCUCCACCCGUGUGUCGUGGCCCUUGUGAAUGUUCAACCGCGAAUUGCCCAGGAGGUCUGGUGACUGGUGUGUGUGACUGCGACUGCGCUGUUUGCGCGAAACAGAAAGGUGAGUCUACAGGUCACUGAUGCCGCUACUGAGAUGUCGAGUUAAGAGUGCUACUUAUUAAUUGGGCAUUAAAAUAGCGUGUUUUUUGACACACUUUGUGUCCUUGUAAAGGGAAAAUGUGUCCUUGUAAACUGAAUAGUGUGUACUUGGGACAGUCAGUAGUUGGUCUUGGGAAGAAAGGCCGGAAAAUCCAUGCAUUUCCAGCUAUUUCCCACAACAAUUUUGUUUAAAGUAAUCAUGCGGUUAGUGCCUGAUGAUAGCCAGAUAUACAUUUCUGGUUAAACUAUUUCUGGUUUUUCUGUCAUUAUAACAUAUCAAGAAACGCCUGUAAAAUCACCAACAGCUUCAAUUAUUUUCCUAUAGUAUAGGCGGUUUCAUGGUAAUGGUCAAUAUCCACAGAAAUCAUGCUACAAAAAUCAGGACUCGCUUUUAAGGAUUCACAUUAGACAAUUUCAGUACUAGUAGACUGCAUGAUUUAUGUACUUGUUAGAUUGCCUCAACCAUUGGUCUAAACGGCCCAAAAGUGCCGAAAACUGCUCUUCUGUACUUGACCCCCAAAUUUUAAAAUAUUUACUGAUACCGCACUGAAAUGUAUGCGUUAGUACAUUUGCGUAACCAGGAUGUUACCUAUUUGAAACAAAAGGCACUGAACUUUAAGGAGUAUUCAAUAAGCCUUUUUCUUAUUUGACGAGUAUUUGUGCUCAAGCUAGUCGGCGUUCCUCACUUCCAAGUGAUUGUUGCCCUUGGCGUGGGCGGGUAAAGAGUGCGGUCCUUGUAAAAAUAUUUAUUUUCUUUAAUGCCUGCAGUGCAACUGUAGGUCAAGGGUAGGAUAUGAUCAAUUUGCAUAACAUAAUAUUUCAUAAAUUUAUUUGGAUCAAUAAAUAUAUAGUCGUACAGAACUUUAAAAAACAAAGUAAGGUCUUUCAAAUUACUCAGUAUCCUGUAAUUGCAUGGAGUGUUCCAUUGUCUUUUCAUUGUUCUCAAUGCCAUCCAGUCAUUGUUUUGAAUAAUUUUAGCAUUUAUGCCGAGACAACUGUGGAUUGAUGGGGAAUACAACUGCCUGAAAAAUACAAGGAGAACUUAAUUCGACGUUUCGAGCGAAGGCCCUUCGAGGCGAGAAAUUAGUGACACGAAUUAGAGUACAGCACUCAGUUGCAAGGAAAGAACAUUGGGACUCCUAAUUCUACCUUUAUUUUUAAGGUGAUUGUUGCGGUGGGUGGAAAGAUUACGAAGGAAAGUGCGAUGUUGGUCUCUUUUGUCGUCCGCCUGCCCCUGGUCCAGCGUUGCCUCCAGGCCCCCCAUCCCCCGGUGGACUCCCUCCGUCAAUUCCAGGGGGCAUCCCUAACCCUGGUAUGUGUGUAGUAAGGUGGGUGAUUGUUUUGAAAUUGUUUGGACACCCGCUUUUCUAACUGUUCUUCGUGGAGGUCCAGAACGAGUAAGCCUUAUAACUCCAGUGCAACCGGCUACAGGCGGAAACCUAAACCAACUCUCCGCAGUUUGCAUUCACUGUCCACAUAUACAGGGUGUCCCCAAAAAAGUACCCUCUACUGUAUAGAAAUUAUCCUAUUGUCAUAAUUUGAAUGCCUGAGCACUAUGCGCUGGACACAAGAGUACGUAAACACAAUUGAAUUGAAUUUUUAAUUACCAGUCGCAUAAAAUCCUGUGCUUAACAACAAUAGGAUAAAUUUCUAUAGAAGGUACUUUUUUGGGGGACACACUGUACAACAGCCAUUAUGUGACGUACAACUUAAAGUUUUCACUGGAAACGAGUAACGAGAUUUUUUAUUUCAGAAAUUGA